AUGUCUGUAGCUGAAUCUCUCCGAGAGUUUGUGACCGAGCGGCUCGCUGCUGCUACUGAAGACAUUUUGGGAGUUUUGAACAGAACUGUGGUCCAGUACGAGGAAGAGCUGGACCGUCAACGCAGACUGCUGGAUUUGGUUUGGAAACCUCACAUUCUCUUACACAGAAUCGGUAAGAAGAGCCAAGUUUAGACUGAAUAAUGAAGCAGAAGCUCGGUUUAGAUCAGGGCUGCCUCUCCUCUCGGUUUCCAUGUAUAAAUACUGUGAAUAAAGACGGAGGAACAACCCUGUAUGAGUUCAACAAUAACUGUGCUGUGUUAAUGUGGUGCUAUUGUGUCAGUGGUUCUUAAUCUGCCGUUAACGAUCAGAGGAAGAUCAAGGAGUCCGGGGGACGCUCUCGGACGUUGACCCCGUCCUCUUUUGUUUCCGCGAGCUGUUAUAAUGACCCGGUACCAAAACUCAUCAUGUGGACUAAGGCUGCACAAUAUUGGAAAAAAAUAAUAUUGCGAUUUUUUCAACCCUGCGAUAUAUAUUGCGAUAUUAAAAAUACAGUAUUUUCACCAGAUGACCUGAAUAGCACUUAAUGUUAUGCUGCACUGCUGAAAUCUUGAGGACAGUUAAUCUGCUCUGAUCUCACCUCUUUUUGUGAAUGUUAGUAGAACGGCUUCUGUCUGUCUCAGAGAUAUUUUUAGCUUUUAUUGUGCUGGGACGUUAUUGUGGCAACAGAUGAACACAGAAGACGUGUUUUGGUCGACAUCAUCCUUCUUUUAACCGAAAUAAUUCCAGAUAACUGACUUUCCUUUUCUUUUUGGCAACAAAUCUUCAUUUUCGGUGGUUUUCGCUUGUUCGUUGUUCAUUUUGCGAUCGUUGUUGUUGUUGUUAGCGGUGUUGUGCCGAGAAACGCAUGUCCUCCGAGAAUUGCAUGCACCUCGCAAAACGCGCACUGCUUAUAGUAGAGUGGUCCACGGAAAUGUACAAUUUAAAACCCGUACAGUUCUUCUUUGUUGGGCUUAAUAGUCAUGAGUAAAGUUCCGAAAGUAAUUCUCAGCGGACACACGUCUCCCUCCAUGUGCAGAACAUGUGCAGGGGUGGGUUUUCUCCUCCCUGAUUUUGAUUGACAGCUGGCAGGGUAGUCUGAUUGGCAACUGAGAAGUGAGUCUGAUUGGCAACUGAGUUAAGGACGAAGGCGAUUGGUGGAUCGCUGCACAGCACAUGCAGAGUCACAUGGAGUGUAUCUCAGUCGGUUACCCUUGAAAUUAAAUGAGUUCAUUCACCUCAAAUAUCGCAGGCUCUGCGAUGUGACUAUCGCACACAUGUACAUCGCGAUGACGAUAGUCAAACGAUAUAUCGUUCAGGCCUAAUGUGGACAGAAAACAGGGGAAAGAAGGGGAAACCUAAGAAUGACAGACAUGUGAGUGUUGUUGGAAAAAAGGUGGUUUAUUGUCGUCUUAUGGGUUAGUUUUACGUGACUCCUGUACACAAAGCUGAGCCCUUUGAGUUCUUCACAUACCCCCCUGGGUGUCUUUUGUUUGUAUAGAUGUAAACCAGUUUGGCCUCUGUGAGCUCUAUUAAUGGAUACUAUGUUAACUAAUUGCCAUUUUGAUUCUCUUGAAGUACAAAAUGUUUAAAAGUACCUGAUGGAUGUACUUCCAAGAUGAGGACAAAGUACCUUUUAAAUGCUUUUGUAGUUAAGUAAUGUAGACAGAAUGCCUUCUGCCUUUAGUUUUGUGAUCUCAGACAACAGUAGAUGUCCAGUGCACAGCACCAACAGUCCUUUUCACUUUAAGCAGAGGAAGACAGGAUAAACAGCUUCACCUCACAAAUGUGGACUGCUGUAUUCUCAUAAAGUAAUAUUAGUCUUUAAUACAUUUUAUAAUCUUAAUUUUACUCGUUCUCUUUAUGUUACAGAUUAUUUUCCUACUCUUUUCUCCAUUGUAUUAAAACUUAUUUUACAUUGUGUUGCUAAUUUUAUGUCGUUUAUCAUGCUAGAGUCUGUCAGUAUUGCACCUCAAUUCUUCAACAUUUUAACUGAAUUGUGUUUAAUAUUACAACUCUGUCCUUAAAAUAUUACAUCCUUCUUGUGAUUCCAAUUCUCUGUUUUCUGUCCCAUCUCAUUGACAUAUUUAUGCUUCUGUGUUCCUGCAGAUCUUCCACAACAACAUGACUGUAAGGAGGACGAGGUUGUCUCAGACCUGCAGCCCUGGUACCAGGAGAGGAACUCCAGUCCGGACCAAGAGGAUCCAGAGCCUCAACAGAUUAAAGAGGAAGAGGAGGAAUUCUGCACCGGUCAGGACAGAGAGCAGCUUGAACCAAAGCAGGAGACUGAACACUUGAUGUUAACUCUAACCUGUCAGGAAAGUGAGAACACUGAACCAGAAGUAAUGAAGGAAGACCAGUUCCUGUCUCACAACUCUUAUGAGGCUGCAGACCAAGAUCCACAGAAAGACAAGCUCACAGAGUCAGAAUCAACUUCAAAAUCAGAACAACACCCCCCAAAAAAAGUUCACAAACGAAGAAGUAGGAAGACAAAACAGCCUAAGGUUCACUCUGAUCCUCAACAAGGUGAAAAGACUUUUAAAUGUGACACAAAUAGGGAAACUUUAACCAGCAAUUCAAAUUUACAGAUACAUCGAAGUGUUCCCUCAGGUAAGAAGCAUACUUGUGAGAGGUGUGGGAAGAUAUUCAAAUACAAGUAUUUGCUGACAAAUCACACAAGAUCACACAAAGGUGAGAGACCAUACUCCUGUGGGAAAAGCUUCAGUUGGAAACUAGAUUUAAAAAAGCACAUGCGAAUUUAUUCAAGAGAAAAGCUGACCACCUGUGAAACAUGCAACAAAUCUUUUGCCUGUACAAGUAACCUGAGAAAGCACAUGAGAACACACACAGGUGAGAGACCAUACUCCUGCAGCACUUGUGGGAAAAGCUUCAGUGUGAAUUCACAUUUAAAAACGCACAUGCUUAUUCACUCAGGAGAAAAGCUGUUCACCUGUGAAACAUGUGGCAAAUCUUUUUACCAGGAAAGUAACCUGAAAACACACAUGAGAACACACACAGGUGAGAGACCAUACUCCUGUGGCACCUGUGGGAAAAGCUUUUAUCAGAAGAUACAUUUAAGAAUGCACAUGCUAAUUCAUUCAGGAGAAAAGCUGUUCACUUGUGAAACAUGCAACGAAUCUUUUGUCAGUUCAACUAAACUUAAAAUGCACAUGAGAAUACACACAGGUGAGAGAACAUACUCCUGUAUAACCUGUGGGAAAACCUUUGGGCAGACUUCAAAUUUAGAAAAGCACAUGCUAAUUCAUUCAAGAGAAAAGCUGUUCACCUGCGAAACAUGCAACAAAUCUUUUGUCAGUACAGGUAACCUGAGAAUGCACAUGAGAACACACACAGGUGAGAGACCAUACUCCUGUAGAACUUGUGGGAAAAGCUUCAUGGUGAGUUCACAUUUAAAACAGCACAUGCUAAUUCACUCAGGAGAAAAGCUGUUCACCUGUGAAACAUGCGGCAAAUCUUUUUACCAGGAAAGUAACCUGAAAACACACAUGAGAACACACACAGGUGAGAGACCAUACUCCUGUGGCACCUGUGGGAAAAGAUUUAGUUGGACUUCAAAUUUAAAAGAGCACAUGCUUAUUCACUCAAGAGAAAAGAAAAGCUGUUCACCUGUGAAACAUGUGGCAAAUCUUUUUACAGUUCAGAUAAACUGAGAGGCCACAUGAGAACACACACAGGUGAGAAACCGUACUCCUGUAGUACCUGCGGGAGAAGCUUUGGUUGGAAUUCACAGUUAGAAACACACAUGCGUAUUCAUUCAAGUAGAAAGCUGUUCACUUGAAAUCCUUCUUGAGUAAUGAUAACCUAAGACUGCACAUGAGAACACACACAGGUGAGAGCACGUGGGUAGAGCUUCAUUUUGAAUUCAAGUUUAAAAAAGCACAUGCUUUUUCACUUAAGUGAAAAGCUGUUUACCUGCGUUCCCUGCAACAAAUCUUUUAUCAGUACAAGUCACCUUAGAAUGCACAUGACAGAGCACACUGAUGAGAGAUUGUAUUCCUGCAGCACCUGUGGGGAAAAGUUCUCUCAGAAAACAUACUCAGAUUGUCACACCCCAAAACCAUAUAUGUAAAAAGCCUGUGGCACCUGUGGGAAAUCAUUCAGCAGGAAGAUUUCUUUAGAUGGUCACAUAAGAACCCACACAGGUCAAAUGUGGCAGGUCUGUCAGAUACAGCAGGAAGUUCCAUCAAAAAGUGCAACAGAAGCUGGUGACUGAAAUCAGAAGCAAAUGUCAUGGUGUGAAGUCAGAAUACAGUUGGAGAUCAUGUGAACUGGAUUCUCUGUUCUGUGGAAGUUCAACCCUACAUAAGACAUGUUAGGGGAAUGAGGUCUCAGCUAAUUUAAUACCAUCUGUGUGUUUAGUUAAUCCGGCAGUUAAAGGUGGGGUAGGCAGGAUCUGAGGAAGUGCCAGUUUUGGGGAGAAAUCUUGAAUGUAAACUCUACCUCUCCUAACCAGUUUUCCCCUCAGCUCCUCCUCUUCCCUCCAUCUCUGCUACAGCAAGCCCCGCCCACAAACAGACGCUCCUGCUUGCUUGUAUAAUUUCAAUUUAAUUCAGAUGUAAUGCAGAUGAAUACUUCAGAUAAUUAAAAAUGGAGCCCAGUCAACGUGAAAGUAAGAAGCAUUGGUGCUACUGUAGAUGCCAACAGACUACCAGCAAACACAAUGUUUGACGGACUUCUACAACUAGGAUGAAGUGACAUAGUCCAGGACCCGAGGGAGGACAGUUUAGUGGCGCUACAACACGCUACAGCAGGUCCGUUUGACAAGAAACACUUCUGUUACAGACACUUGACUUACUUUGUUAAAGCGGUUUACCUGUCCAGCAGAAAGGUUACAGGGUCUCUUAGAUCCUGAAGUGUCCCAAUCGCUUAUGUUUCAUUGAUCAUGACCCGGCUUUUUAGCAGUCAGAAAGAGCAGGGCGCUCAAAAAAUUUAAAAUGUUGACCACACAGACAUAACAGAACAUAGCGAUAUCAUUAUAAUACCAAAUGUCAUCAAUAACUAAUAGCUAUUUACCGAUAUUAAAAGUUUUUUUUAUAUACACCACAAGAAAAGAUGCUUCUUUAAUGGAAUCCGACCUACCCCACCUUUAAGAUACAUUUUACUGUGACUUUUCCUGACUGAAAUACUUGUUCUUUUGAAUGUCCUGUUUUCUUUCCCUGGAUGAACAAAUGUUCUUUUCUUUUUUACUCAUGAGCUACUUUGGUUGGCUGUUGAAUAUUUGUAUCUGUUUAUUUGUUGUAAUAACUUGUUUUUAUGAUAAUCUACAACAAAUUUGAUUUAGUUGACUGCAGCUGUAAUGCUGAUAAAGGUUAGUGAUGAGAAUAUGGUGACCAAUAAACUUGAACUGUCAAAAUAAG